AUGCCGUUGGUUACUCUUGAGCCGAAGGUCUAUGAUCUAGCCAUAGAGUUGCUCGACUCGUACGUUCAAGCCGGCAGACAGGAUGUUAUCGAGCGCAGGAAGCUUCGUAAGCUAAAACAAGAUUCAAACGAGAAAUUUUCGCAUUACAUCAUUCGUCUUCGUCAACAAAUCAUGAAUUGUGGUUUCGAAAAAUAUUCAUCAGAAGUAUGCGAAAUUCUGAAGGAAAUAUAUUUGAUUGAUGUGGUAGUGGAAAACUGUCGGUCAGAUGAGUUGCGCAAAUCAAUUUUGAAACGCGAUCGCACGCUGAAGGAAAUAGAAGAGAUUGCUGCAACUAUCGAAGACACGGAUCAUCAGAUGAAAGAGCUAAAAGAAAGUAACGCUGUUUCGCGGGAAUCAUCAUUUUACGAGAUCGAACGAGGAAGAGGUGUAAUUUCGACGACUAAAAAGUUUGGCGAACGUGUGGGAAAUUUGUCUGCUGUUCAUAAUCGUCGUUUAAAUCAACAAUCAUCUUCAAUGAGCUCCAAAUCAUCUUGCUACGCGUGUGGACAGAUGGGCCAUAUUUCCAACUCACCGGAGUGCCCAGCUCGAGGUCGUACCUGUCGUCGGUGUCAAAAACUCGGACAUUUUGAGAUUGUGUGUAAGAAACGUAAGCCUGUUAACCAGUUUGGGGUCUCCAAGAAGGUAUCGAAGAAGGUGUACACGGUGGACAACCAGCCCGAUAAUAUUACCGAAGUUGAAGAAGUUGAUGAUUUCAAGCCGGACGAAAAGAUUUACUAUGCGUUUUAUGGAGGAAACGAAAGCAACAUGCUGGAAGCUACGAUCGGCGGUGUUCAGAUCAAGGUUUUGAUCGACUCUGGUGCUGAUGCGAAUUUGAUAAAGUUGGAGACGUGGGAGAUGCUGAAAACGAAAGCAGUACGAGUUGUGAAAUCGAUCAAAGGUUCGGCGCGCAUUCUGAGAGGAUACGGUAGCGAAAGACCCCUCGACGUUGUUGGAACAUUCGAAGCGGAAGUGAACAUCGGUCGGCGAUCAGCGUUUGCAGAAUUUUUUGUCGUCAGAGGGGGUCAGAAGGAUAUUCUUGGCGAUUCAACGGCGAAGAGUUUGGGUGUCUUGAAGGUUGGUGUUGAAGUGAAUAACGUCGAUGUGAAAGCUAAGCCAUUUGCCAAAAUCAAGGGAGUGAAGGCGUCAAUCGAAAUGGAUCCGGAGGUUAAACUAGUGUAUGCUUUAUUUUGA